CAAACAGCAAUAUCUGUGCAAUGCCCACUCAAAACUCUAGGUUUUUUUAACAAUCGUCGUGCAAUAUUAGGACCAAAGAUACUUUAAUCCACUAGAAAAUCUAUUAGUUUUCUUCCCUUGAAGGAUACUUAUUUAAGAAACGGAUAUCCAAACAUUUUUUCAUAUUUUUUGGAGUGUGUGAUUUAAAAGUGCGGUCUCGUCUGACUCUAAACUACUACGCGGAAAAUAGUAAGAAAAAUAACACCAUCUUUCGAACGUUGGACAAAGGAGCAUAUAAGGGAGACAGAAAUCGCGGUUACAUAGACAGAGAGAGAGAGAGAGAUAUAGAGUGAGAGAGAGUGCUAGACUUGGGAAGGAGCGAGAGCCAACGAGUCGACGCGAGACUUCGAGAAAGUUUUUUGUGUGCAAUCAAUAUAUAUUAUAGUCAAUCCUCCUCCGCCCCAAAAACUAUCAUCAACUUUCAAGCAGCUGUAUGACAGUAUUUCUUCCCAGCCGGCACCUCGCUCUCACGAUUUCCGUCUCGGCCCGAAGGCACAUUGAGUAAAAGCAAGAGAAUAAUCGAACAGCCAUAAUUUAUGGAUAUGAUGCAUUUUUAGACUGCAGAAAGCAAAAAAUGUCAAGAAAAGAAAAUAACAGAACCGAAAAGAAUACAACAGAACAGAACAGAUCCGAAUAGAACAGAUUGAACCGGAAAGAAAGGAAAGCAAAAACCAAACACCACCAAAUAAAACCAACUACUAUUAAUUUAAUAAAGCAUAAACGAAUAAUCAUAUUCAAUCUGUACGACUACUCGUAUAUAUAUAUAUAUAUUAUACAAGAGGAUAACAGAUAAUACAACUAUUUAUAUACUAUAUAUGAUAUAUGUAUGUAUAUUUGAAAACAAAGCUAAGUUCCAAAAAAAAACUAACCAGCGCAAAUUUAUUAAAAGUAUUAUAGUAAAAAAACAACAACAAUAAUUGCUAUCUUUUUGCAUUUUUGCAAUUUUAUAAAAAAAAAUUUCCGAAACUGAAAAGAACAAAAAAAAAAAUAAGAACAAAUUCUCAAAACACUACAACACUCGGCGAAAACAAAAAAUUUAGUAAAAUUUACUCUUUUAUCUUAAAAAAAGAAAAAUCAAAAAAUAUUCGAGCGAUUAUUUAAUUCGAGACAUAAAUUCAAUUUAAAACGUUUUAGACAGAGAACGCUUUAGAACAUAACUAAGUAAAAGAAAAUACGUUUUUUUCGCGAUCGUAGUUGAUCUAAAAACCCCACACAACCGAACUAAAAACCACAGCAACAACCACUUCUGCAGCUAAACAACUUCACGGGACUUGUGCAAAGCGCAGUCGACAUUAAAAUUAAAUACAAAUAAAAAUAAACAUAAACCAUAAUUAAAAGAAGAAAACCUAAUUCGUAAGCGUUAACAACCCAAGCAGUGAGAUUAAUUACUAAGCGAACGACAACAACCAUCUAACAAGCAAAAUCAACCAACCAACCAAGACGAAAAUCGCGUAGUACCGAAACCGGAACCAAAAACAGAAAGCAAAAUGACCAACGCCAUGGAUAUCGUGAAGAACGGCAGCGCUAACGGCUCCGUGGACGGCAGCAAUGAUGAGUCGCGCACCAAUUUGAUUGUCAACUAUCUGCCACAGACCAUGACCCAAGAGGAGAUGCGAUCGCUCUUCUCGAGUAUCGGUGAGCUCGAGAGUUGCAAACUGGUGCGUGAUAAAGUCUCAGGUAAUUUGGUCUUGCCAGCAUCGUUGACCGCCCUCAAUCCGGCACUCCAGCAAGGCCAAAGCCUGGGCUACGGCUUUGUUAACUAUGUGCGUGCCGAGGAUGCUGAGAAGGCUGUGAACACCCUGAACGGCUUGCGUUUGCAGAAUAAGGUUAUUAAAGUAUCAUACGCCCGUCCAAGUUCAGAAUCUAUAAAGGGUGCUAAUUUAUAUGUAUCGGGUCUUCCGAAGAAUCUAUCACAACCAGACUUGGAGGGGAUGUUCGCAUCGUUCGGCAAGAUAAUUACAUCUCGUAUACUCUGUGAUAAUAUUUCCGGUCUAUCGAAGGGCGUCGGUUUUAUACGCUUCGAUCAACGCAACGAAGCCGAGCGGGCCAUACAAGAGCUGAAUGGCAAGACCCCCAAGGGCUAUGCCGAGCCGAUUACCGUGAAGUUUGCCAACAAUCCGAGCAACAGCGCUAAGGCCCAGAUUGCUCCGCCCCUAACCGCCUACUUGACGCCUCAAGCGGCAGCGGCCACCCGACGUCUGGCCGGCGCCCUACCAAACGCUGGACGCAUCAGAUACUCGCCAUUGGCCGGUGAUCUAUUGGCCAACUCGAUAUUGCCCGGCAACGCAAUGACCGGAUCUGGGUGGUGCAUAUUCGUCUACAACCUGGCCCCAGAGACCGAGGAGAACGUGCUGUGGCAGCUGUUUGGGCCAUUCGGGGCCGUUCAGUCGGUGAAGGUGAUCCGGGACCUGCAGACCAGUAAGUGCAAGGGAUUUGGCUUCGUCACAAUGACCAACUACGACGAGGCUGUGGUGGCCAUCCAGUCACUUAAUGGCUACACCCUGGGCAACCGUGUGCUCCAGGUCAGCUUUAAGACUAACAAAACUAAAACUACUUAAGCGAAACUGAACUAGUGUCUAGUCCUAAGCGUAGUCCUCUCUCUCUAUCAAUCCUCUAUGAUUUGACAGUACUUUGACAGGACUUUCCGAACGAUUAAAAGUUUGAUUUGCCAACGGCGCGACGCGUCGACGAGUUGUAGUCAAAAUUACACAUUUACUUAUACAGAGAUAAAAAUAAACAUUAAUCAAAAUCAUGAUCAUGAUUGAUGGGACAUGUGAGAAAGAGGAGGAUUCUCUAUGAUUUGAUUUGUAUGCUAACGAAAUUAUUAUGAUUGUAAUUCUAAUGAAAUCUUAGUGAAAAUUGAUUUGAUUCUGUGUAUGUGGCGAGUACCGAUUAAACGUCGAUAUGGAUGCACGAAUACUCCAAACUAAUUUAAUUCGAUUAACCAAAGCCCAAAACCUAACAAAAACAAAGCUUGAAUGAGGCAAUGAGAAACACAACAGCAACUAAGGAGUAAAAUGAAGCAGAACCGUUAGGAAAAACAAGACAAAUGUCUAUAAAUUGACAAAAUGAAUAUGGGAGGCAAUGAAGAUUGACAACAUUGCAUUGACACAAAGCAAAACAAAAAAAAAAACAAAAAAAAAACAAAAAAAAAGAAAAAUAUUUGAA